AUGCCGCGAGUUGUGUGUCGCGGUCUGACGCUACAGGUCGUCGAAAGGGUCGUCAUAAGACCUAGAAUUCUCUCAGGUCGUAGUCAGACCCCGGAAGACGUAGAUUUCCCUCACCGUCGCAAGACCCAAAAUCCCUUCGCAGGUCGUCCCAAAUCCCCUUCGCAGGUCGUCCCAAAUCCCCUUCGCAGGUCGUCCCAAUCCCUCGCAGGUCUCCCAAAUCCCCUUCGCAGCGUCCAAAUCCCUUCGCAGUCGUCCCAAAUCCUCGCAGUCGUCCCAAUCCCCUUGCAAGGUGUCCAAUCAUCGCAGUCGUCCAAAUCCCCUUCGCGAGUGUGCGCAAAUCCAUCGAGUCGUCAAAUCCAUCUGCAGGCGUCAAUCGUCUGUCGCAGGUCGUCAAAUCCCUCGCAAGACGUCCAAAUCCCAUCGAAGGUCGUCCAAAUCCUGUCGCAGUGUCCCAAAUCCCCUUCGCAGGUGCCAAAUCCUCGCGGUCGUCCACAAUCCACAUCGCAGUCGCCCAAUCCUCGCAGGUCGUCCCAAAUCCCCUCCAGUCGCCCAAACCCUUCGCAGUCGUCCAAUCCUUCGCAGGUACGCCAAAUCCCCAUCGCAGGUCGUCCCAAAUCCCCAUCGCAGGUCGUCCCAAAUCCCUCGAGGUCGUCCCAAUCCCCUCGCAGCGUCCCAAUCCCUUCGCAGGUGUCCAAUCCCUUCGACGUGUCCCAAAUCCGCUCGCAGGUCGUCCAAAUCCCUUGCAGGUCGUCCAAUCCCCAUCGCAGGUGCCAAAUCCCCUUCGCAGGUCGUCCAAAUCCCCUUCGCAGUCGUCCCAAGUCGUCCCAAAACCCAGACCCCCCCCCCCCCGAGCCUCCACGUAUCCGAGAGUGCGCGCAGGUCGAGUGCCAGCCUCCGGUGCCAGCCUCCGGUGCCAGCCUCCGGUGCCAGCCUCCGGUGCCAGCCUCCGGUGUCACACAGGACUCGAGUAGUGCCAAUAUAGUGUGCACGAAGCUCGAAGAUCAGGUCAAGCCAUUAUUACAGGAUCACCACGUCAGACAUGCUAGGAAAGUGGGCCUCUGCGUCGAGACCGAAGACUCGCCACGCCCACGACUCCGCGCACACACGACCCCAAAGGUUUCCAGGCAGCCGAAGUUCCCAGAUGAAAACAACAACCACUGA